AUGUUGAUGUUGAAGAAUAUUGGUAUCUAUGCGAGAGCUAUCAACAAGCCUCUCACUAGGCAGAGUGCUCGUCUCAACUCUUCCACCACCACAAUGAACUGGGUGGAUUUCUUCAAGUUAAGAAAGCAAAACAAGAGAAUCAAUGUCUUUUCGUCAUCAUUAACCGCUUUCGCUGGUGCAUUCGCUACCUUGACUUAUUUGGGAAAUGUUGAAAUUGAUAUUGAGAAGCCUAUCAUGGGUAUUGAUCCAUUCAUGGUGUUGGGUGGUGUGGUGAUCUUGGGAGGAGUAGCUGGUUUUGCUGUGGGCCCAUUUUUGGGAACCGAGUUCUUCAACUUGAAAAACAAAAACAUUUUGGCCCAGUUUAGAGCAAAAGACCUGCUCUUUUUGCAAAGAGUCAAGAGAUAUAGAGUGGACCCAUCCUCCCAGUCUUUCUCCAACCCAGUCCCGGACUACUAUGGCGAGAGAAUCUAUUCGUUGGAGAACUACAAGCAGUGGUUAAGAGACUGCAAUGCUUUCAGAAGAAAGUCCAGGGAAUUUCUCUAA